UAAUAUUACUUGUGCCUUAAGUUUUCAUCAGCUACCAUUUUUCCAAAUUCUCCAUUACUUGCCAUGUCUUCAACAGAUAAUAAGACUUUUAAUGAUGGAUUCAUCAAUUUGAAAGCUGUUAUGGUUUUGUAAAUCUAAAAAUUUGCAAAGUAAUAUUCUAAAUAAUUAAUCCAACUUAAUAAAAGUAAAUAUAACAAAAAUACUUACAUCAAUAAUUUCUGAAGUUGGAGGAGUUAAGGUUCCAUUAAAUACAGCUGUGAAACCGACAAUAAUAUGGGUACAGAGGUAAGGGUCAACAUAGUUAGAAGGUAACUGCCUACUAUGAGUUGAAUUGCUAAGUAUAACAUAGUAACACACAAUUCUAUAUUGAUUUGGGACCAAAGAUUGAUCUCCAUGAAAUUCAUUUCCCUGGCAGCUUACUUUUUUAUAUUUAUUAAGCUUUUCGAUAUUUUUAAAAAGAUCUUCAUACCGGUGGCAUCUCGGACAAUCUAUAACAAUGAAAUAGGACUAAAAAUAAAUAAAUAAAUAGGACUCAGUAAAGUGAUAAGUUCCUAAACUCUGCGCUUCCUCCUUAUCUUAACUGGGCAAAAUGAUACUAUCUAUGAGCUGAGUUUAAGAACUUGUCCAAGCUAUGCAUUAACUCAGAAAAACAUUUCCUGGCAGUUAGCAAGAUAUGCCAGUAUGAAUAAUCGCUUUAUAGUAAGUAAUAAUCCAACUUGCUCAGUCAUAUUAUGAAGUAGUGCCGAAUCAUUAUUGGGUAACGGCUUGAUAGAAACAUCUAUAGAAGUCUUUGUUAAACAAAAAAAAAUAUAAUAAAUAUAAACAGUACCUGUGUUCCCAUCUACAUAACUGUAAUGCGCAUACAUCAUGAUUAAACAUAGUGACAGGAAAAUUAUAAAACAGGCAAAAAUACUAUCCAAUAAACAAUGUUUCAGAGCAGGGUCUUUUCUUUUGUUAUCCUGUUUCUCAGAGCCUAAGUGACUUUGCCUAUUUAAAAAUAAUCCAAAACUGUACGUUACUGCUGAAAUAUCUGAGUAUAUCUAUUAUGGAAUGACCAUCCACUUACCUCUGGUUUGAAGAAUUAUAAGUUUUAUCUAAAUUAGUAAAAUUUAUCACUGUCAUUCUUCAAAUUUAUAACAUUUGACCAUAAAUUGAAGACUAAGUAUCUGUUAUCAAAUAACAAAGUUGAUAAUUACACGACUAACAACCUAUAUUAAGCCAUUCCCGAAUAAAACUACGUAAAAUCCCUACUAUCAAUUGCUAAGUAGAUAAUCUUCAUCUCAAUAACAAAACACCCCAUAACGAGGAAGUAAACAAUAAGAUAACUAGAUAAUUGCUAAUGUCAUUCAGCCAUUAUUUAUUUUGAAAACCAAGUUCCACUGGCUCCUGAAUGGUUGGCAACAGUGAUUAUUAUUAAAGGACUCCAUAUUGGAAAGAGGAUAAUGUCAUAGAAUGUAUUAAUUUUAGUGUUUUAAAUGUUUUUAGCAUGGAUGAAACGAAAGUUAUAUAUCAUAUUGACGAUGAAGAAACUCCAUAUUUAGUGAAACUUCCAAUUGCCCCGGAAAAAGUUACCUUAGCAGACUUUAAAAAUGUUCUUAACAGACCGAACUACAAAUAUUUUUUUAAGUCUAUGGACGAUGAUUUUGGAGUCGUUAAAGAGGAAAUAAUUGAUGAUGAAGCUCAUUUGCCUUGUUUUAAUGGUCGAGUCGUUUCUUGGUUGGUGUCUGCUGAUGGUAGUAAUGUAUCUGAUGGAACUUCUCAAUGUACAGAAAGUGCGAGUCAUUCAGAUGGUAAAAGCCAUCCAGAAAGACAUAAAGACAUACCGCAUGGUGGUGCCCAUUCUUCGCACCAUCAUGGCUCAAAUGACCUGAGUUGCACUGAAACGGAGUCAGUAAUUAGUUCGCGUCCUGGAGGUCAUCAUGGCCAUCAUGAAUCGAGAAUACAUGACAAGUACCACAAGUACAAUGGUCACAAAGUUAAUGGACAUGUAAAAUCAAGAUUACAUGGUUAUGAGUCUUCAUCCAUGCUUAGUUCAGAUUUGGAAACUACCAGUUUUCUUGAGAGUGAAGAUGAUGCAUCUAGUAGAAUUACAACAACGACUGGUAGAGCUACUAAUUUAUCAGUGGACCGAAAUACAAUUGAAAGCAGUAGCGUUAUGUGUCGGGGAAGGAGAAGAGCACAACGAAGGGUAAGGCGGCAGCGUGCUCCCAUGUCGAGGACAUCUUCUUACUCUUCCAUCACUGAUUCAACGAUGAGUCUCAACAUUAUUACUGUCACCCUAAAUAUGGACACUGUCAAUUUUCUUGGAAUCAGCAUUGUUGGGCAGAGUAACAAGGGGGGUGAUGGAGGAAUCUAUGUUGGUUCUAUAAUGAAAGGGGGGGCGGUAGCCUUGGAUGGAAGGAUAGAACCAGGUGAUAUGAUUCUUCAAGUAAAUGAUAUUAAUUUUGAAGACAUGUCUAAUGAUGAGGCUGUGAAAGUUCUGCGUGAAGUGGUCCAGAAACCAGGGCCUAUCAAAUUAGUUGUGGCCAAGUGUUGGGAUCCUAAUCCAAAGGGGUACUUUACCAUUCCAAGGACUGAACCUGUGAGGCCAAUAGACCCUGGAGCUUGGGUUGCACACACGGCAGCCAUCAGAGGUAAUAGCGAAACCUAUCCAUUAAGGCCUCCAUCAAUUUCAACAUUAGAUUCUAACAGUUCUUCCAUCACCUCCUCUAUACCUGACCUAGACCGGGCAAUAGAUGAUCUCCAUCUCACUACCAAUACUGAUAUGUUGACCAUCGUCAGGGCUAUGGCUCGCCCAGAUUCCGGACUGGAAAUUAGAGAUAGGCUAUGGCUAAAAAUAACAAUACCUAAUGCAUUUAUUGGUGCUGAUGUGGUAGAGUGGUUGGAGACACAUGUUGAAGGUUUUACGGACAAGAGGGAUGCCAGGAAAUAUGCUUCUCAGAUGUUGAAAGCUGGAUACAUCAGGCAUACAGUCAACAAAAUCACUUUCUCUGAGCAGUGUUAUUAUGUUUUCGGUGAUCUACUUUCUUCAGAGUUAGGUAAUCUUAAGCUGGACGACGGAGGGAUUAUUGGAGAAGUAGACACUGUUGGACCUUUGCCACCGCCAUUGCAGCCUCCAUCCUGGCCACACCCUUACGCAACCACCUACCUUCCGUACGGACCUCUCUCCUACCAUCAGGCGUACACCAAUGAUGCUCCCUUGUAUGGAUAUGUUCCACCACCACCACCUCCUCGAGAGGAGAGUGUUCAUAGUGCUUCAGGAGGUAGCAGUAAUGGUAGUGAAGAAUCACGUUUGAAGAAGAAUGGAGGAGGUAGUGAAAGAGGUGUAAGAUCCAACUCAAGGUCGAGCGGGUCGUCUGCUGCAACAGCAACUCCACCGCAGGACGGGGAUUUGUCGGCGUCUCGGCAGUCGUUCAGGAUAGCUAUGGGCAACCCUUAUGCGGCUUUUUGUCGAUAGAUUCCUUUUGCAUUGUCAAUUAUAGUUGAAACGUUUAAGUAGUUUGUCAGUAGUUUUUUCUUCACUAAUUGGAUAAAUUGGAUUUAUGGUGCUUUACAGAACAAAAAAAAAAGAAACUUUUUAGUGACAGUUUUUUAAAAAGUUAAUAAUCAUAGAUUAUUCAGUGUUGAACCAGCGUUCAGAAGUGCUAUGAAUGUUAUAAAUUUAUCCUAUAAAAUAUUUUUGUUUUUGCAUGUUUGUUUCAAUCAAUGUUUUACAUACUUUAGUUAACUCAUUUUAUUCCUGAAAUAAUUUUAGUUUUUACAAAACGUGCUUCCCUUUAUGCUACCAUUAACUUUUUAUCACUUGUUUAAAGGAUAUUCUUUCAGUAUGACAAUUCAUUCUAUUGAUAUAAGUAGAAACCAAAUAUUAUUAUUUUUAACUGUUAACCAAUAAGGAUGGUGAAAAGUUUUGAUCCUGGCUGUCUUACUUCUCUUAUUUAUUUAUGUAUCAUACUCCUGUUAUAAAUUGAAUCAGCUUCUCUCUCAGAACCAGUUCGAUAGAAUGACUUUAUUGUCUAUCUCUCUUAGUCAUAAGUUAAAUACUACAAAAUCUUGGCAAUCCAUGUAGAAUGAAAACCUAUCGAGUAAACAAAAAGUUAUUAAAAAGUCAGUAAAACCAAAGCAAAGGAAAUACUGCAGGUUUUUAAAAAAUCAGUAAAAUCAAAGUAAAGUAGUUUCUCGAAUCCAGAGAACAGCAGUAUAUGAAACAGUUUUAUGCCUUUAAACUCUUUAUUUAUUAUAGUUUCUGAGAUACCAGAUACCAUGAAUUAUUCAGAUUAGGAGAAAAUUAAGGCUUUAUACCCUAAAGAAAUUGUACCAACUCUCUAGUGGGUAAAAAAACGUCGUAGACGAGAACAGACAAUCUUUUAUAGUAGAUUCUUCUAUAUUUUACUGCUUUCUACUCCAAUCCCCGAAUUUUCAGGGAUUUUUAAAUCGAAUUACUAUUUCUUUUUAAAACAUAACACAGCCCAAACCUCUUUAAAAUUAAAUCAUAUAUAACAGAAAUAAUAUGAAAACAGAUAAGUGAUAUGAUAUAUAGUUAUACAUGGUCAUGAUUUUAUAUAAGAAUAUAAUCAAUACCUUUUAUUGGUUAAAAUCAUUCGCUUAAAAAUGUGUGUGUGUGUGUAUAUAUAUAUAUAUAUAUAUAUAUUCGGGUUAGGGGUCAAAUAUAUAACUAACCGUUAUAACUGAUCCAUAGGUUCGAACUAGAAUAACGUCGAGUACUAUAUUUUUGAAAUAAAUUUGGUUUUAUUUCACUAAAACUUUAAACAGAGAUUUUAAACCUUUUUUGAUUUUUUAUACAACAAUAAUUAAUCACAUAUGGAUAUUUCAACAAUAUGUGAAACUUUUAAAUAUUUAUAAAAUAAAUAUCACUUUUUAUUCCCUAUCAUCCUCCCACCUGAGGAGUUUUGAAUUGUUUCAUACAAUUCAAAAAUAGUAAGGAAACAUAACCGAAGGAACUCUCUUCCAUCUUUAAAUCCUAGAAUUCCUCUUUUUCUUUUUCUUCUCUUUUUUGAAUGCUUCUUUUUCUUAGAAGUAUCUCUUUUGAUCCAUUCUGUUUCAUAUGAAGAUGACUCCUAACCCUAUAUUUGAUCCCUAACCUGAAUAUAUAUAUAUAUAUAUAUAUAUAUAUAUAUAUAUAUAUAUAUACAUAUACAUAUAUCAUUUUUAUCAUUCUUCUCUUUUUGGAUCCUUUGAGGCAAUUUCUAAGGGUGGGUAUUUUUCAAAGUAUCAGCUUCUAUCUUUAUAAAGCCAAGAUAACUUUCAUAUAUAACCAAGAAUGGUCUAAAACUUAACUCAUCAGAACUUUUGUCUUCUCCAGUCUGUGUUUCUUCAUUGAGAUCAGUGUCGACUUCCUUUCUUGUCAGGCAAUGAUUCUCCUAAAAUUAUCGCUCAGUCAGAGGAAUUAACUAAAUCUUCUUCUCUCACUGCCAGGACAUUUCCAGCAACUCCAGGACCAAAUCCUAAUUUUCUUUGAGUAAUAUUUGGAUCAAAGUCAGGUUGUAAUUCAUAAGGUGGAUAAUAUUUCUUUCCGUAACUUUUUAUUUUGGCUGGUCUACAGCCUUCCAUGCCAUUUUAAUUUUCAGUCGCUACGAGCAUUUCUUUUUCUUUUUGACUUUCUUUUCUCCUAGCCUCCUUCAAACUAGCACAGGCUUUCGAAGAAACAUAUCUGGACUUAUCAUUUUUAAUAUAAAUUUCUCCAUCUUUAUCCUCAAUUGUCCUAAUGCUAUCUUCAUUAGCAUCAUCUUUAUCACAUGUGUCUUCAUCUUCAUCCUUUAAUCUUCUUAUGCUAUCUUCCUUAGCAUCAUAUUUACCAUACAUGUCUUCAUCUUCAUCCUAAAAUGUUCUAAUGCUAUCUUCAUUAGCAUCAUCUUUAUCACAUGUGUCUUCAUCUUCAUCCUUUAAUCUUCUUAUGCUAUCUUCCUUAGCAUCAUAUUUACCAUACAUGUCUUCAUCUUCAUCCUCAAAUGUUCUAAUGCUAUCUUCAUUAGCAUCAUCUUUAUCACAUGUGUCUUCAUCUUCAUCCUUUAAUCUUCUUAUGCUAUCUUCCUUAGCAUCAUAUUUACCAUACAUGUCUUCAUCUUCAUCCUUAAAUCUUCUAAUGCUAUCUUCCUUAGCAUCAUCUUUACCAUACAUGUCUUUACCUUCAUUCUGAAAUGUUCUAAUGCUAUCUACAUUAUCGUUAUCUUUAGCAUAUAUGGUUUUAUUUUCAUAGUAAAAUGCUCCGACACCAAAAAGCUGGCCAUGGAUUGAUGAUGUAUUUUUUAUUUCACAAACUUUCAAAGGAGUUUCUACCAAACCAAAUCUUCUUUUGUCAAAACCCGAAUUAACACAAUGUUGAUCAUUAAUUCUAAUAGAAAUUUUAUCACCUUUAGUGACGUUCUGGUACUUAAUUUUAACAAUCUCAUACCUUUUCCUAUAUUCAUCAGUCACUUCCUCAUCUGAUAUCAUUUCUUCACAGGAUACACCAUUUUCUAUUGAAAGAUCUAAUAUUUCCUUUUGAAUCAAUUCCAAAAUCUCAAACUUCUCGUUCAAAAGCUCCAAGUAAGCGUACACCUCUUCAAAAUUAUCACAUUUAAUCAAUUGUUCUAACUCGUUAGCACUACUUGUGAAGUCAGCGCGGAAAAUUCUUCUUAUCGUCUUCUUACCUUCCAUUUUGAACCCAUUCAAACUAUAUAAUAGAGUACUCAAUACUUCCUGUCACGGUUGCCGGUUGCCACUUAUAUUUGGGUUAGGGGUCAAAUAUUCUAACUAACCUUUAUAACUGAUCCCUAGGUUCGAACUAGAAUAAAGUUGAGUACUCUAUUUUUGAAAUAAACUUGGUUUUAUUUCACUAAAACUUUAAACAGAGAUUUUAAACUUUUUUUGACUUUUUGUACAACAACAAUAAUUAAUCACAAAUGGAUAUUUCAACAAUAUAUGAAACUUUUAAAUAUUUAUAAAAUAAAUAUCACUUUUGAUUCCCUAACAAUAUAUAUAUAUAUAUAUAUAUAUAUAUAUAUAUAUAUAUAUAUAUAUAUAUAUAUUAACAAUAUCUAGCUACUAAAAAAAAUGAUGGUAUCCACUGCCUUUAAGAUGACCUGUAAAUAGUCCUAUAUGUAGAAGAUUGGUGACUUCUGCCCCACAGUCUUCAGUUAUUGCUCUAUAGGUGACUUAGUAGCUUGUAGUAACAUAUAAACAACUCUACUGCAAAACCCUUAAAGCUAUCAUUAAAACUUUUCAUAAGACAAAAUAAAUUGUUUUCCUGCAUUAAUAAAGUUUUAUUUUUGAAUUUCGAGGAGACCAAGAAAACCUCAAAACCAUACAUUCUAACAAAAUUUUACUUACAAGCUUUUGCAGUGUCGCUGUCAAUAUGUUUAAAUUAUUCUCUCUUUUUUUGAGUUUAGUUGGGAUGAUCUUGCAUUGCAUUUGAUUAUGAAUCACAAGUUGUUAAGACACUUAAUUUCUAUAAGAUCCCAUUUUGAUCUUCUGUUAUUAUGUCCUCCGUAUUGCAUCUAUGGCUUUUCUGACCACACAUCAAGUUCUGAAGGAAUGGUAAGUUCCUUGUAGCUUUGAAAUGCUGUCUUUAUUCAGACAUUAUAAUUACAGACUUCCAUGAUAUGUGGAUGUGGUAAAGGGCGUAACCGUUGUGGAUAACUCAAUCCCUGAUGAAUGACUUAUAAAGAUUAAAUUUAAAGAUUUAGCUUGCCUGACCAUCUCCUCACCAUUGUAGCUUCUGACCUGCUGAUAGUUGAUGUAUUUCUCUCUGGUGACUCAAAUGAAAAUAUAAGUUUUGUGGUGAUUUUGAUACCUUGAUUUUAUAAUAAUUCUUGAGGCAAAAAAGUUUCACUACUUUCAAAUUCUAUUUCCAUACAUUUUGAAUUCAGAAUAUACCCAAUUAUGUUAUUUAUCUCAUAAAAUACUAUAAGUAAAUAUACUAUUGCAUCAACUUUAUUAACUAUCCCUGACUAUGAUUGAGUAGCAAUGGUGUUUUUAAAUAAUUAAUUUGAUCAAUUAUUGGAUUUAUAUCAAUUUCAUUUCUAUUAUGAAGUUUUAAACAAAAAUACAUCAUUGCUUAAGACACAAGAUGAUGGAUUAAUAUUUUUGUUAAUAUUAUAAUAAAUAUUAUUACUAAUAUUUUAAGGUUACGAUAAUGACCUGAAGAUCACUUAUAUUAUUGUCCAAAUUUCUGAUCAAAACUUUUCACCUAUUAUCAGUGACCAUUAAUUUAGUUUCAGUUAUAUUGCAUCAUUUAAAUCCUAAUUAUAAAUUGAUUGAACGAUCAUUGUAAUAGUCAUUAAAAUAAUAUUAUUAGUUAAAUAGUAAGAAAUUCUGUUUAGUCUAAUUAAUAUAUUAUUUAUCAAAAAGAAUAAUGUCAUAUUUGUAUUCAAAUAGUUUUGUAUACUUAUAACGUUUGAUAGUUGUUUAUUAAAUAUUUUAGCCGAUUUUUUAAAUUUGUUUGAUAUAUAAACUUUUAUUUUGUUAAAUUGUUAUAGAAGGUCUACGAUCUUCAUUUUUGUUAUUAUUUUAACUAAUAUUUAUAUUCUAUUUUAAUUUUUCAGUAUACUCUGAUAUACCAGAUAUGCUUAAGUUAGGCUGUGUCUUUUAUUUUCUUUAAUUUUUUUAUAUUUUUAUUUAAUGUUUCUGUCAAAAUGUUUGAUGAUUUUGGACAUACUUUAGAACUCUAAUGAUCAUUUUCUAAUUUGAAACUGGGUUUGUUUAGGAAUAUGUGGAGAAGAGGAAUGAGUCGCCUCUCGCAGAAAAACAAGACACGGCUUAACUUAUUAAACCAUUUAUAGGUUGAAUUACUAAAAAAAAGAAACUUUAAGAAAACAGCUCAAAAGCUAUGUUACUGAAUGGUAACAAUAGAAAGCUUUUGCCGAGGAAGUAUACUUCAAAUUCAAAUUCUAUUGUAUAUAUAUUUUUUAAUGUUUUAUAUAUAGAGAUGAAGAAGAGCUUAAUAAUAUUUUGAAUUAAUUAAAACCUAGGUUCAUAUAGCUAACAGAUUCUAGAAGACCAAUUAUUUGUUUGCAAUAUAGAUGAAUAUGUUUUUAAAAUUUUUUUUUUCUCAUGUUUUAAUUAGUUCUCAAUAUUGUUCUUUCACGUGUAUAUAUAUUUUAUUGCCAACUGUUGUAUAAUUCCUACCAAUUUUUAUAUCGAAAAAUGUAAAGAUUAUAUAAAGAUAUAAGAAAUAUUUUAUUAUCUUAUUUGACUGUUUUUAUUUUGGGUUGCCAAUUGUGACUCAAAUAUGUAUACAUGGCUGAAGCAUGAAAUGUUUUAAUACUAAAGGACAGAAAAAAAAGAAAGAAAAGUAAAAUUGAAUAUCAUCGGUUGAAACAAUUUUUUCUUAAAAGACUGAUUUCGAAAAUUAACAGCCUCUUCAGAAUAUUACAAAUCUGAAUUAUAAAUAAUCUUUUUUGUCUUUCAUUUUUGUACUUUUCUAAAAUAACUGUUAAGAUGUGUAAAGCCCAAUAAGCAAAGUAGGCAUUCUAUUUUAAUUUUGGAAAAAAAUAAUAAUUUUUUCUGCUAUAUUUGAUUUUUGCUAAGGCUUCUUCCUGACUCUUGUGUUAUUAUUUAACACAUGCCUGUUGUUGAUAUUCUAAGCAUUAUUUGUCAUUAGAAAAAUAUUUGUUUAAAUUUCAAUUCAUUAGCGGUGCAAUUUUUUGAUCUGAUGUAUACUCUGUUCAGUCAUUAUUAUUGUAUUUCAUAUGCUUUGUUGAAUGUUUAAUUGUUAUUUGUUACUUUAGUAAAGAAAAUUUUAUUUGGCAUGAGUGUCAUAUUGGGCAGCUUGUUUUUUCUGUCUUCAUAUGUUUGCUAUGAUGUGUGGUAGUUGAUAGUUCCUUCUGUUCAGUUAUUUGUACAAUGUAUUUUACCAUGAAAGAAAAUAACUAAACAAAAUUAUAAAUUGUACAUUGUUUCAUCUGUGAGCCAUGUGUAAAUAAACCGUAAAGAGAUUACAUAUCCUAUUGGAUUUUUUUUUUAAUUUAGUUUUC